GGCUCCGAAAGUCGAGCGGCCUCGGCUCGCUGAGGCACCGCAGGCCGCUGCGGGACCUAGCCCCGCUCCGACGGAUCCACGCCAGGUUUUACCCCGCGCUCCUUUGGGCGCUCACUGCUGGCCCCCGCCCCCGCAAUCUAGGACGCAACACCGCGCGAGGCGCUGACUCCUCCGCGCUGCCGGGCCUCGCUUCCUUCCGUCCACACAGCACAGCUGCGGCGCGCGCCGCAGGGAAAAUAGUGCCUGGCGGAGUGAUCCGAGCGGUGGGGGCGGAGCGGAAGAGGCUAUAUAAGGGUCGGGAGGGGAAUGUGUGGCGCAGUUGCAAGUGUGUAAGCUCCGGGGAGUGUUGUGCUGUCGGCUUGGCCUGCGAGCCCCGCGCAAAAAUGCAGAUCUUUGUGAAGACCCUGACAGGGAAGACCAUCACCUUGGAGGUUGAGCCCAGUGACACCAUUGAGAAUGUCAAGGCCAAGAUCCAGGACAAGGAGGGCAUUCCCCCAGACCAGCAGAGGCUGAUCUUUGCUGGCAAACAGCUGGAAGAUGGACGCACCCUGUCCGACUACAACAUCCAGAAGGAGUCCACCCUGCAUCUUGUGCUGCGUCUCAGAGGUGGCAUGCAGAUCUUUGUGAAGACCCUGACAGGGAAGACCAUCACCCUGGAGGUUGAGCCCAGUGACACCAUUGAGAACGUCAAGGCCAAGAUCCAGGAUAAGGAGGGCAUUCCCCCUGACCAGCAGAGGCUGAUCUUUGCUGGCAAACAGCUGGAAGAUGGACGCACCCUGUCCGACUACAACAUCCAGAAGGAGUCCACCCUGCAUCUUGUGCUGCGUCUCAGAGGUGGCAUGCAGAUCUUUGUGAAGACCCUGACAGGGAAGACCAUCACCCUGGAGGUUGAGCCCAGUGACACCAUUGAGAACGUCAAGGCCAAGAUCCAGGAUAAGGAGGGCAUUCCCCCUGACCAGCAGAGGCUGAUCUUUGCUGGCAAACAGCUGGAAGAUGGACGCACCCUGUCCGACUACAACAUCCAGAAGGAGUCCACCCUGCAUCUUGUGCUGCGUCUCAGAGGUGGCAUGCAGAUCUUUGUGAAGACCCUGACAGGGAAGACCAUCACCCUGGAGGUUGAGCCCAGUGACACCAUUGAGAACGUCAAGGCCAAGAUCCAGGAUAAGGAGGGCAUUCCCCCUGACCAGCAGAGGCUGAUCUUUGCUGGCAAACAGCUGGAAGAUGGGCGCACCCUGUCCGACUACAACAUCCAGAAAGAAUCCACCCUGCAUCUUGUGCUGCGUCUCAGAGGUGGUAACUGAACUGGCCAGUUGCUGCUUGCACCCAAGUAAAAGUUUCUCUGCACUUGUUCAUUCCAAUAAAGCUGUUGCAUCCACAAAA